ACAGUUUAAACGAUGGUGAAUGAACAUCAUGGACCUAUAAUCAUACAACCAAAGCAGGUGCCAUUCAGAGAUUGGCAUGACGGGUUGUACGGGUGUCGGAAUGACUGGAAAACAUGUCUAUACGUAACAUUCUGUACACCUUGUUACAUCUGCCAUAUGUACGAGCGAUACGGCGAAUGUCUGUUUGGGAGCUUGAUCACACCUGCCUCCAUCAUGAUGCUUCGAACGUUUCAUCGUGGACGUGAACGAAUCUACGGGUCGCUAUUCAAAGACUGUCUGCAAAGUAUUCUAUGCCCUUGGUGUGUGUUGUGUCAACUGGACCGAGAUAUGAAGUACGUGGAAGCUACCAAAGGCUAUCUGGAUGUCUAGGCAAAUAAAUAUUUUUUUGAGAUUAAACAUCUUUCUUCAGUCGUUGUGUAACCUUUCUAGCGAUUUUUUUUUUUCAAAUACAAACUAGAAGGCUGUUUC